AUGAAGCCGGUCAAAGUUUCCGGUGAUGGGGUUUUCCAAAAUCGGUUUGGCGUGUUCAUGCAUGGUGAUCGGAUCGGGAAACAGUUCGGCUCGAAGGUGUUCAGCAGCAAAGGUGGGUUUGUUUACUUGUUAGCUCCGACCCCCGAGCUAUGGACCCUGGUUUUGAGCCACGGGACUCAGAUUUUGUACAUUGCGGAUAUUAGCUUCGUUGUUAUGUAUUUGGAAAUCGUCCCUGGUUGUGUGGUGCUCGAGUCCGGUACCGGAAUUGGGUCCCUAACGGCCUCCCUUGCUCGUGCUGUGGCGCCAAACGGGCACGUGAACACCUUCGAUUUUCAUGAGCAGAGGGCUUCAUUGGCCAGGGAGGAUUUUGAGAGGACUGGAUUGAGUAGUUUGGUGACGGUCAUUGUAAGGGAUAUACAGGGCGAGGGUUUUCCCAAAGAAUUUUCGGGACAGGCAGAUUCUAUUUUCCUUGACCUGCCUCAGCCUUGGUCGGCCAUUCCUUCUGGUGCUAAAAUGCUACAACAAGAUGAUAUAAGAACAUUCGAAGCACUUCUCCAUACAUAUGAAGUUCGGGAAGGGAACUUGGGAAGCUGGCAAGAUAGUGAUGGGAGUUUGGGUACUCUUAAGGGUUCCAAGAAGAGGCAGCGCUCUGCAAACACACUGGAAAAUUCGAAACCUCCGAUGAUCAUGGCUAGAAGAAGCGGUGAGGCGAGAGGGCAUACUGGUUAUUUGACUUUUGCUCGGCUCAAGUGUAUCGUUUAA